CUCAUACAGGCUGCUUUGUUGUGAAUACAGCACCGUGCUGCACGUACAACCACAAGAAGGUUAUGAGGAGGUUAUUCCGACUCCGGCUGCCGCAGGAUCCACUCACACGGAGAGAAACGCCAGCAGCGACACGGCUCGUCCGACUGCAGCGAAAAGACACGAACCAGCGUCGUUUUGCAGCCUGAAGGUUUUGCACGGCUCUUUUGUUUCCUGCAUCGGUGCUGCAUCAAGGACAGACACAGAACCGAAGCGAUACGAGGAUCCAUGAGAGACGCUUUGCACAGGAUCCCGCUUCAGUAUCACGGUUGUGCAGGGGUCCGGCCAUGGAUGCAGGGAGGCUGGAGCAGCAGGUGGCCAGUGUGGACAGGGGCAUCGCCUUCCUGAAGCAGGAGCACCUGGCCAUGCUGACCGGCCUGCAGCUGGAGAUCACACACCUGAAGAGGCGCUGUCACGAGCUCAGCUGCGAACUGGACUCAAGGUUUCCUGACAGAAAUACAGCAGAGGAGGAAGCGGAGCUGGCAGCUCGCUGUGAGGCUGCACAGCGUCUCCUGGAAGACCAGCAAUGCAUGAUGGUCGCUGCACGUGGGGAGCUGCGAGCUGGCCGGGCGCGAGCAUCAGCCCUCGGGAGGAGCCUCAGGGAUGAAGAGCGGCGCUUCCUGGACGAGCUGAAGCGUCGCAGCCACAAGAUCACGCUGCUGAGCCGUGAGCUCCAACGGCAAAAUGUGACCACGACGACCCUCUGCCACGAGCUCCACAGCGCUCGAUUAAAACUGUUCCAGCAACGUCAGGGCACGGAGCCAGCUGCAGAGAGAGUAGGGGAAGCUGCUAGUGGUAAGGACGAAGAAGAAGAAGAUGAAGAAGGUGAGGAUGAGGAGGAUGGAGAUGGUGAAGGGGAGGGUUCGGACUGGCUUCUGUCUCCGCCUCCUCCGGCGUCUCCCAGCCAACUGGAGGCGAGACACCGGAGGCGUGUCAGCGUGAGGGAGGAGAGAGUCAGAGCCUGCGUCCCCCAGGAGAGAGUGACGUCACCGCAGAGGCCACACCCCAUGCCUGACCCUGCCCUCUUCCUGGUGCCGCUCAGGUACCGCCUGCUACGCUUAAACCAGCCAAUCAGAACGCAGGACGGAGAGGUGCUGGAGGACGAGUGGGAGGAUAUAGAGGACGGCAGCAGGGUGCACAGGAGGGUGGACAUGGGCGCAGGGGAGGGAGAAACUGCUCUGUGAUGAAGACGGAGAGAAGUUGUCUUCCAGCAGGUCUCUGCCAACAUGUGAUGCAGUUAUUCCAGAGAAAAGUUCAGAUGGGAGAGAUGUAACCUCGUGAUUGUCUGUAGAUUUCAGGACGUGAGUUAGACAUUUAGAAUUAGUUGCACAAGAGUGUGUGAUCUACACAUAGACGUAUUAACUGAAUUUGUCACGCUGCAGUACGUGUACUUUUAACAUGUGAGGAUAUGGGGUCAAAGGAGAGACUGGUUAGUGGUUCAUAAGGAUGCCUUUUGAUUUUAACACUGUUGAUCACAGCUUUUGCCUAUAAUUAGUAGCCUUGCCUCUGGGUCUAUGAACACUGACACCGUACAGUUCAAAGUGGCAAAAAGUUUUCACUGCACUAGCCAUAUUCCAGGUUCAGAGAGUCACUCUAGAAGGCUUAGGGACAUUUUGUAUGAUUUGCACUUUAUUAAAUUCAUGCAAUGUGCCUCGUAAUGGCAAAACAGCA